AUGGAACACGCGGAGUUCAGAGUGAAAGCUAAAGAGAUGGUGGACUUCAUAGCUGAUUAUCUGGAGAACAUUCGAGAACGCCGCGUGUAUCCCAGCGUGCAGCCAGGGUACCUCCACAAGUUAUUACCAACGGAAGCCCCCCAACAGGCCGAGAAAUGGGAUGACAUCUUCAAAGAUGUUGAAGAACACAUAAUGCCCGGCCUGGUGCACUGGCAGAGUCCUCAUAUGCACGCCUACUUCCCGGCUCUAACCUCGUACCCAUCCAUCAUGGGUGACAUGCUGUCCAGUGCCCUCAACGUCCUGUGCUUCACUUGGGCGUCAUCACCAGCAGGCACUGAACUGGAGACGAUUGCUAUGAACUGGCUCGGCAAACUGUUGGGGCUUCCUGAUUGCUUUCUCAAUGAGAAGAAUGAUAGUCCGGGCGGUGGAGUCAUUCAGACUACGGCCAGUGAAGCAACUCUGGUCAGCUUACUGGCGGCUCGUACCAGGGCCCUCAUGGAGUUGGCCAAACUGAACCCUGAGGUGCAGUCAUCAGAGUUACUUGGCCAUCUGAUCUGCUACUGCUCCGAUCAGGCCCACUCCUCAGUUGAGAAGGCUGGACUAAUUGGUCUGGUCAGGAUGAGGUACAUCGAGUCUGAUGAAAACCAGAGCAUGCGCGGUGCUCAGCUGGAGGAAGCGAUCAUCAGUGAUAAGGCCAAAGGAUUAGUACCGUUCUGGGUGUGCGCAACAUUGGGUACAACCGGAUCGGUUGCUUUCGACAACCUGCGAGAGGUGGGACAAGUGUGCGAGAAACAUUCUGCUUGGUUGCAUGUGGACGCUGCAUAUGCCGGUAGCGCCUUCAUAUGCCCCGAGUAUAGGCAUUGGCUGGAUGGAGUGGAACUGGCUGACUCGUUCGCGUUCAACCCUUCCAAGUGGUUGAUGGUCAACUUUGAUUGUACAGCUAUGUGGGUAAAAGAUAGCACAGCUCUUCACAGGACUUUUAACGUUAAUCCUAUUUAUCUGAGACACGAGAAUUCAGGAAAAGCCAUCGAUUAUAUGCACUGGCAGAUCCCAUUGAGUCGACGUUUCAGAGCUCUGAAACUUUGGUUUGUACUAAGAAACUAUGGAGUCUCUGGAAUACAGAAACAUCUCAGAGAGAGUGUUCGUUUAGCUCAGAAGUUUGAAGCGUUGGUUCUUGCUGAUCAGAGAUUCGAUAUACCUCAACCAAGGAAUUUGGGUAUGGUAGCAUUCAGAUUGAAAGGCGACAAUGCUCUUACUGAACGCUUGUUGAAGCGCUUAAAUGCUCGCGGCUUCAUUCAUGCUGUACCAGCAUGCUUCAAGGGGAUAUACGUCAUCAGAUUUACUGUGACUUCGCAGCGCACCACCAAUCAGGAUAUUUUGGAUGAUUGGAAUGAAAUCAAGUCCGUGGCUAAAGAGAUCCUGAUUGAUGUGUUUGGUUCAGAGAAUGGAAAUAUUAUUGUACCAAAGAAACCAAGAAUUUCAUUGAGAGAAACUCGAGAGCUCAAUGCUACAUUUGGGACCAGUCUGCUUCUCGCCAACAGUCCUAUGAGUCCGAAAAUAGUGAAUGGUACUCAUGCAGCUAUCUGUGAUUAUGAACAAGUGCUAACAUCUUGCGCACAGACUUUCGCACAAUUAAAAAUGGAGCCGAAGGACAGUCCUGAGAUGCGCCGACGCAUCCGUGGCAUCAAAAUGUGCGGUAAGAAGUUCUCGCUUGAUUCCUGCAUGGAUAUGGUGCAGGGUCUGAUGAUGGAGCAACCAUUGCCUCUUUGUUCUGAGGAUAUGGAGGAUGUUUCAAAUGGAUCGAGUCCUGGCGAAAGAUCAUCCCUAUCAUUAUCACCAGUGACAUCCAGCGGCACAAUCAAGCAAGACUCAAAUUCGGACUCGAACCAACUACAAGUACCUCCAACGCCAUCUAGACAAUACAGGUCAAAAUCUGUUGACGUAUCACUUACUGGUCUGAGGCUCGAUGAUGCAAAAAUAACUAUUGACAUGAAAAAUAGUGAAAUUAUAAUUACACCAACUGGAUCCAAAAGUAUUCAUGAUGGUAUAGAUCAGAAAGCUGUAUUAAGUGAUAUUGAAGAGAAACUCAACAUAGGUGAUAAAAUUACGCAAGCAUUUGAGAAUUUUCAAGAUGGUUUGCAAAUGUUAAGCGAAUAUCGACAGAAUAAUGUAGAGGAGACUGAAAGUAAAUCGGAUGAUUGUAACGCAAAAUUAACUAUUAGAGGUCCGGGUAGUUAUAUUAAGAAGUUGAUACAGCAAUUCAGUGAAGGUCCAUUUGAAACUGAGGACUCUAAGCCUGAAUCUGAUAGAGGUAUAUCAACUCAGUCUAUCCGAGAUAAAGCCGAUGCGAUUUGUAAAAAAUGCUUGCAUUAUAAAGGGAAAAUAUCGAAGUAAUCAAGUACUGAUAAAAUAACACUCUUUUUAGAAUUGUACUUAUUUUGAUGUAGCUUCACCAGAUUCUCUAAACAAACGGAAUAUAUAACGACUGAACAUCAAGUUCCACCCGAUACGACUUUACUUUUAGGGCACCUCUAGGGAUUCGAACGUCAGCUCAGGCCGUGUAGUAUCAUAUAAAAUAUAUCCAUUUAUAAA